AUGAAAACUUUUUUCGCAUGCCAUGGACUUCCAGAGAAACUCAGGUCUGACAAUGGACCACAAUUCAGCUCAGCUAACUUCAAAAACUGCACAGAGCUUGGAAUUGAACAUGAAAGAAGCAGCCCCCAUUUUCAAAGCUCGAAUGGCGAGGCUGAAAGAGCAGUACAAACUAUAAAAAGCCUAUGGACAAAGUGUGUCGACAAGCAGCUUGCUCUUCUAGAUUACAGAACAACUCCUCUAGAAAACAUUAAUCUGUCACCAGCUCAACUAUUAAUGGGACGCAGACCUAGAAAGACGCUUCCAGCAUCAUAUGAUAUACUUAAACCAGCAACACACGACCUCAGAAAGGUAAAGCAACACCUAAAUGCCCAGAAAGCCAAGCAGAAACUUUACUAUGACAGGAGAAGAAAUGUGAAGGAGUUAUCACCCCUAGACAAUGGAACAACAGUCAGAAUGGAAACACCUGGUUCUAAGUCCCUAUCCCCAGGAAUUGUCGUAGAGAAAACAGACAAAUCAAGAUCUUAUUUAGUGAAAAGCAAAGGGAGACUUUAUCGCAGAAAUCGUGUUCACCUCCACAAAUCAAGUGAAAAUCCCCAGGAUGAAGUGGAUGAACAGGACAUGCCCAUGGAAGACAGCGGUCCCAAUGAGCCUACCAUAGAAAAUACUGCUACACCUGAAGUCAGCGACAAACCCGCCAAUCACAAAACGCACUCCAAACCAGAUCUGGACGAAUUGUUAAACCUCCAGAAAAACUUGACUUGUGAAGUGCUUGUAAAUAAUUCUGUUAGUGACUUUUGGUAUUAG